GACGACCUCUGGCCCGAGCGGAUCCUCCUGUACCCGGCCGCCUCGGACGUUGAGGACGGGGUGUGCUGGGUCGUCCUGACCCCGGACGGCGACAUGUACCUCGAAGAGCUAGAGGGCGGCUCGCUGGAGGACAGCCCCGUGGAGUGGCAGCUCGUGGCCCGAGACCUGCGGCUGCCGCCAGGACUAGGCCGGUCCUACCGCUUUGGAGAGGACCAGCCCGGCGAGCUGCGGGGCCUGUAUCGCCGGGCAUACGCGGCCUCGACGGCCGACGCUCGGAGUCGCGGGCUGCAGCUGGCGGCGCCCCAGGUGAUCUGUUCCCAGGAGGGCCGCGAUGUCUCGGUGGAGGAUGAGGUCGGGCGCAACUUCUUCGGCGGUCGGCGGGUGACUGGCAAGCAGGGAAUGCCUGCCGCUGGUGACGCGCUGGCGGCCGGGACGGGCGGGCCUGGCGACCAGGUGGCGGACGGCGGCGAUGCGCUGGCUGUCCCCGCGGUGCCCAACUCAGUGGGGGGCACCGUGACCCCUCCUCCGCCGUGGCAUUUCUGGCGCGCCGCGGAGCCUGAUAGCUCGCGGCCAAUCGAGAUCGGCGACUGGGUCGGCACCCCGAGUCUGGCCUUGCACGAUCGCGGGCUGUUCGAGGUGGCGCCUGGGCGGGCCGUCGUGGUGCACCUCACUGCCCUGGACAAGGACGCCUUCGCGGCCUCCCUCAGGCCCGCUGCCUCGGUCGGCGACGCCCCCGGCGGCGGUGCGGCCACGACGGGCGACGCCCGCGCCCUCCCUGUGAGGACGGGGCCGCGCGGCCGGGGGCGCGAGUGGCGGGGCGUGGUGGACUCGUGUGAGGAGGAGCCGUUCGGCGACUUCCCUGUGGCGGGCCCGAGGUCGACGUCAUGGUGUCUCGACUUCCUGCGGAGGCGCCACACCCCGACGGACCACCACCUGAUGUUCAAGACGACGGCCCGCCUCCAGAUGGAGCAAUGGGGAGUCCAGGAGCAUGAGCAGCUGAUGAAGUACCUCGAGCUGGCGGGCACCUACGACCAGCUUGACCUCAGCAACUGCGCCUUCGCGGAGGCGAUCCUCCGCCGGGCGCAAACCAUCGAGUGGGCUUAUCGUGAUCGGCUUCGAGAGGCGGAUUCCGCGAGCUCGAAGGACAAGAUGAGCCCUGAGGAGUUCUCGGCGUUCAGCGGCUUCAGCAAGGCGGGCGACCUCCUCAUGGUGGCCCCUCAGCUGCUGGAGCACGUCAAGACGCAGGUCGAGAAGGAUGCCGCCAUCAUGAAGAACAUUCGGAAAGCGCCCUCAGAGGGCGCGGUGUGCCGCAGUGUGCGGCGGCGGCUGCUUCGGCGUGACGCCAUCGUGCAGGAGUGCAAUCGCGUCAUCGGGGCCUUGAACGACCUGGCCGGGAGGCCCCAGGCGCCAGGCGCCCCGGGCCUGGCGGAGCGGCUUCCCCAUCGGCUGGUGCACGAGCGCGUCCGCCGCGCCGCAGUCGAGCUGGGCCCGCCCCCACCCGACCUCACUCCCGCGGGAGCCCUCAGAGAGCUCCGCGGCGCCAGCGUGUGCGAAGAUCUCGACUCGCCGGUGGUCAGCUUCGACGCUUCCCUUGUCUCGCUGCCGGAGGCCGGCAACAUCCCUGUGCCGCUCGGGCAGCUGCUUCAGGACGAGGGCGAUUUCGAUGUCGAGGCCUCAAUACACGAGCAGCUUCUUCGAACUGAGGAGGCAGAAUCCAAUCUUCUGGCAGCCCCGAGGCAGCCGUACAUGGACACGAAUUUGAGAGGAGACCCGCGGGUGUACGCCCGCUUGGUCAAGCGGCUCGCCGACGCUGGGAUGGUGACCUACACGGACACGCCGCGCGAGAGGUGCGGUCUUUUCUUCGCCCGUAAGAAGACUGGCAAGCAACGCAUGGUGGUCGACUGCCGUCGGGCCAACUGUUGGUUUCAACGGCCUGCAUCUGUUGCGCUAGCCACCGGUUCUUCUCUUGGCGAGCUGUCCGUGCCUGAGGGCAAGGAGCUCUACGUCGGGCACGUGGCUUUCCGGGAUUACUUCGCCCUGCCGUCCGUGAAGGCCGGGGACGUGGGGAUGGUGAGGCUUCGAGAGCGGCCGCUACAGCCUGGGAGCCGUGUCUGGCCGGUGCUGGCCGUGCUCCCGAUGGGCUGGUCGCACGCCUUGUACUGGUGCCAGACCAUCCGCCGUUCCAUAGUCAGCUCGAUUCCCGAGCUGAGUGCGGUGCGGCGUGCCGUCGCCCUAGUCAACGCGGCCUUGACACAGACGGGUCUUCCAACUCAUGAGGUGUGCAUGUGCGAUCACAAUGCCGACGUUCUUGGCUGGGAGAUCCGGGGUGAAGAGUGCGAGAUUCGACCCGAGAGAUCAAGGCUGUGGCGACUUCGGCUGGCUCUUGACUGCUUGGUCAGCCGCAAUACCGUGGACCCGAGAGACGUCGAAAAAGUGUUGGGACAUUGCACGUUUGUCGCCUUACUAUGUCGGGAGCAUUUGUCCAUCUUCAAUUCCGUGUACUCGUUCGUGCGGAGGCUGCGCCGCUGUGCCGCUGUAUCCCUCUGGGAGUCAGUUCGCUGGGAGCUGAACGCGUUCUCGAGCCUUCUGGGGAUGAUCUCGCGAAGUAUGUUGGUUGCCUGGAGUCGGGCCGUGAUGUGCAGUGACGCGUCGUUCUGGGGCUUCGGGCUGGUCAGCAAGGGCUUCAGUGAGGACCUCGUGGGCUCCGUGGGCGUUUUCUCGGAGAGGCGGCGGUUCCUGGAGGGCAACAACGUGCAGUCGAGGGCUUGGGCUGGAGUUGGCGAUGGGCCCCUUGAGAGCUCCAAGGAUUUCCAGGACAUCGUGGGCUCCGAGGAGGCCUGCAUCAACGCUCGCCAGUCGGCGGUCAGUCGCCUGCCUGCUGAGUUUCGGGAAGAGGGUUGGGCUGUCGUGGGCUCGCACAAGUGGGGGGGCCCGCCCGACAACGUCGUAGAGGGGGAGGCCCGGGCGCUGGCGUUCGGGGCCUCCGCCUCACCGCCCGAUGGCUGCCCAGCGAGUGGAACUUCGCGGACGGUCCGUCGCGAGGGCUCCGGCAUGCUGGAUAUGCCCGAGCAGGAGGCGGAGGCGCUGACGCGGAGGCGACCUCGGACGGGGGCGGUCGAUGCCAGGGAGCUGCCACGGACGCGGGCUCUGACGAGCCCGCCCGCUGCGACGGCGCCUCGGCUACGCCGCCUACUGGACGGUGUGGGCCCCGCGGGCCCGGUUGGCUCCCUGCCGCCCUCGGACUCGACGAACCUGGCGACCUCGCAGGCCGUGAAGCGGAGGAAGCUGUCUCGGCGGUCCGCGAAGCUCACCGAGGAGGGCUCGCGGGAUAUGUUGAGGAGGAGCACCGUGCGCAUUCAGGCCGUCAGGACCCGCUACCAGCAGCUGGACGACGAGUUCGACGAGUGGAUGGACGAGCAGGGCCUGCCGCGCCGGCCUCGCUUUUCGGUCGACCACGGAGAGGUGGGGCCGCUCUCGGCCUCGGACGUCGAGAGGAUCGACCUCGCGCUCGCCGAGUGGAUGCUGUCGCAGUACCUCGAGGGUGUCGACCACUGGCGCGGGGUGCAGAUGCUGGCGGCGCCGCAGUGGAGCGACCCGCGGCUCGGCCGCGACGGGUCGGCCUCGCUGCCGGCGGCGCGCCAGACGCUGCGCGGCUGGAGGGUGCUGACGCCCGCGCGGGCAAGGCUGCCGCUCCCCGAGGAGUUGGUGGCGGCCAUCGCGUGCGAGCUCGUCCUCAUGGGCCAGUGGGAGGCGGCCGCCUGCGCGGUGCUGUCUAUGGUGUUCUACAUGAGGCCCGGGGAGUGGGGGCGGGUGCUGGUGCGCCACGCCAUCCCGCCGCGGGCGGCGGGCAGCCUAGCCCUGCGGCGCUGGGCGCUGCUGUUCCACCCGCGCGAGGGCGGGGGCGCGAAGGCCAGCAAGACCGCCGAGUUCGACGAGAGCUUGGUCCUCGACCUCGAUUGCGACCAGUGGCUGUCGGGGGUGCUCCAUCGCCUGGUGGCCGGCCGCAGCGGGGACGAGCCUCUCUUCCGCAUCGGCGUCGCGGAGUUCGCGGCGCUGUUCAGGCGGGCGGCGCGGCGCCUCGGGGUCAAACCCGAGCCCGUGCCGUACCUGCUCCGCCGCACGGGCGCCAGCAGGGACUUCGUGAACCAGCUGCGGCCGCUCCGCGAGGUGAAGAGGAGGGGGCGCUGGAAGACCGACACGUCGGUGCGGCGCUACGAGAAGGGCGGGCGUCUCAGCGAGCAGUUCGCCCGCCUCCCAGGACCGCUCCAAAGGCACGCCCUGCGGUGCCACAGCGGGCUCCCCGAG